AUGAGUCAGGAAGAAGGAAGAAAGAAACAAAAGAUACGGUACCUCCCACCGGUGCCCAUUCAGAUGGUGGAUAACGAAAGUGAUGAUGAGGAGGUGAACAACAAUACUCAAGAAACAACUGAGAAUCACAGUGUCUCGAACUCACAGAACAACAAUGAUAGUCACAAUCACAGUAAUAUCACAGUGAAUAGGAACAGUAUAAAGACUUGGGCAAAAGAUGUAAGAAUAGGAGAUUGUACCAUCGUUUCAGGUCAAGGUGCUGGACAGAAAUUCGCAGUAUGGUCAAUAACGAUAGAAACUACAAGUAAAGGACAAAUACAUUUAUUGAAAAGGUAUAGCGAAUUUGAUUCACUUAGAAACAUAUUGAAGAUUGAGUUCCCUAAAAAUAAUACUGAAAUACCCAAACUUCCACCCAAAAAGGCAUUUGGUAAUUUGAAUAACGAUUUUUUGGUGAAGAGAAGAAGAGGUCUUGAAUAUUUCCUCAGUUGUAUUUUAUUGAACCCAGUGCUGGCUAAUAGUGAGACUGUGAAGAGAUUUGCUUCUGGCUCCACUAAAUGA